AAAUUAUUGUUAGUGAUCUGUUAAGAGAGAAUUGCUACCUCGAGGAUGUUUUCAAACGAGUCAGACCAAGCAGCAGUGGAAUGUAGGAUCUGUCAUAGCAGAACCACCAGGGACCUCAUCCUGUCACCGUGUCUCUGCAAAGGUACAAUGGGCUGCGUCCACAUCAGAUGUCUAGAACAAUGGUUGAACUUCUCCUCACUCAACUUCUGUGAACUCUGCUCCUACAGAUUUGAAGUCAUCCAAGUCAGAAGAUAUUCUUUGCUGAAGUCCAUCAGAGUUUGGGUUAGCCAACAACGCGGAUCGCUCUAUAGAAGCGUAUUUUGGGUCUUAUUGUCCACCACAAACGCCAUCCUUCUCAGUUGGAUGUGGUUUUUAUGGAUUUCUAAUUUUCCAGUGGCUUUCAGCCAUGACCCUUUUACGGAGAACGAACCUCUUGUCAAGAAUAAAAGUGAUCUCAGCGAAACGAAGUGGAUCGCGGUGUGUAUCUUUUUAACUCUCUUGACGUCGAUUUCGAUCAAAAGUCUGUGUAUUGAUGGAUACAGGAGAGUGAAAAGCGAGUUCUUCGCUUGGUACAGGUGGUGGAACCAAACUGUCAAUGUGCAGCUGGUUUUGGAUUUGGAAAAUUACAAGAUUAAAAACAGAUUGGACGAGUUGCAAGACAUCUCAUUAGGAUAUGCGAAAGAAAAAGCUGGAUUUUCAAAUCAAGAUGCCACAGCUGAAAUUGCUGACUUUAGAAUCGGUGAGAAGGGAUCGUGCAAAGUCUUCCUUGAUAUGCCUGAUACAAAUGCGCCACCUUCAAAGGUAAGCUUUCCAGGCACAGCUAGGCCAACUGAAAACAAUGAGAAUAUGUCAAUCGAUGAUCCAAAAAAUGUUCAAGAUAACAACUUAAAUCCCCAAGACAAAAAGGGAGAUAGUGAAAGGGCGACCACGACUUAUUCUUUGGACGUAAUCUUUGAAAAUCCGCGGCCAAAUCCAAGCCUUGAUGACCUACCCCGAGUACACAAUCGAAAUGGAACAGACCAGAUGUAAAUUUAGUGUUUUUUUCAUAAUAAACUCCUCUACUUGGAAAAAUAAAAAUGUUAUGUUUAUUAAAAAUU